GCGGGGCCAUGAAAGAUAGCUGAUUUCGCUUCAGGGCGGGCAGAUGGGAGAAAGAAUUGGAGGCUGGGAGGGCGUUUGGUAGUAUUGCUGUUUUGGUUUUGUGGUCUUGUGAAGAUCUGAAAAGGAUCUUUUGGGGGAGCCAAAUGAACUGAACCAACAGGGAGAAAGGCAGGGUCUAGAGUCUAGUCUAGUGACACCACGAGAAACCUGAGGAGGAAAUACCAUGUUGCAUCUCAAGAUUGGUCAUGUAAUUAAUGGGUCAUGCUUUGCAAAAGGGCUCUUUGAAGUUCAAUGUUUGUCGCAGCGCAGCGCAGCUUGUUCACCUCAAAAGAACCACAUCACAGCUCACCUCCUCGUCCAACCGACGGGUCUCACCAUGAAGCUGCCUGACAGUCCACUCAAGGACCGCUGCUUCGCCAGUGUGCCCACGCGCACGCCCACGCUGGGGCCGCAGCCGAGUUUGAUCGGACGGGCUCUGGAAGAGGAGGUGCGGACGAUGCGACCAAGCGAACUCAGCGGACCCCAGGAGCGCCUCGUCAAGCCGCGUAUUCAGCUGCUCUCGCUCUUGAGCGCCCUCUUGGCUGCUAUCACCAGCUUGUGGUCCCUGCGUGACCCGGAUGCCUGUGUCACCUUCACUGAGGAGCAGGCUUACACACCCAAGAGAUGCAAAGCCCUGAAAGAUUAUGCUGACGCGAACACCCACUUGCUGGGCUUUUGCUACCGAAACUGCGGAGAAUCUGAAGUGAAGAUCUAUGCCUGUGCGCUGAUUUUCGCCAUGUUGCUCCAGUCCUUGACGGUGUUACCCUCGCAUUGCCACUGCGGCUCCACCUUCUUGCGCGUCACCUGGCGGGUGGAUCUCACUGGAGAUUUGGCGGAGCUGGAGGAGUUAGCGGUGCAACGAGGGCAAUCCUGGAUCUGGCGCCGCAUCCAGGCCUGGACCGGAGAGCAGCGCGGGAAUCUCUUUGAUUGGCUGGAGCGAUUGCUUCAGAAGCAGUCCAAGAUGUUGCCGCUGCACAUGACGGUCAUUCACAAGGCCUCGAUGUUUUGGCUGCUCAUUGCUCUUCUGGAGCUCUUGCUGCACACCGCCUCCAGCGUGCGUCUCACCCAAGCCGUGGUCUCCUUCGAAUGUGAGAGCGUCGAGGGUGAAGAGCUUCUGGUUCAAGCGCCUGUGCACAAUGGACUCUUAGAAGUCACUGGUCAGAUCGUGACCCUACUUUUGCUGAGUGCUUCGCUCUACCUGGGGAAUCGCGCCCAGUGGCGCAUCUGCCUGGAGGUGCCCGCCGCCUUGCUGGCAGACGUCUUGAACGUCACGGCGCACGGCGCCGCGCUGUGCAGCAAGAACAAGCACCCCACCUUGUCCAGGGUUUGCGGAAAAGAGCUCUUAGACCUGCGCUGCCUCGACGGCUCUCCGUUGCCUCUCACGCGUUUUAAGCAGUGGCCCGAUGGUCUGGUCUACGCUCAGUUCGGGCUCUAUGCGGAAAAACCCACCAUGCUGGUGAGGCGAAGGAAGUAUUUGUUGGUCCUGGGAGGUCUCACCAUGAUACUGCUUUUUGGUGCCUCCUCGUCCUGUUGGGGCUGCAUCAAUGAGAUCUCCUUGCCCAACACUGGUGGCCUUUUCGACGUGGAAGCGCAGCUCCUGUUGCUGGGAUCUUGCGGGCGGCACAAUGGCAGCGGCAUCCCCUGCCUACUGGGUGCCUUAUGCAUUGGAAUUCUACUCCUGGCCCAACUGGUUAUCCUCGCUGCUGGGCCUCGAGGUGAAUCGCUCCAGGAUGAUGAUCAAAUGGCUGUGACGCUUCUGGACUUCCGGGAGUAUCAGGAGAAUCUGAUCCACGGACUCUACGCUGGGGAGUCGGUACGGAGUCACGUGUGGCUGUGCCCGAAGGGCGAGGGCUGGCAGGUGGCGAAUUUCUUGGACUCGGACUACGAGGACCGGAGCCAGUGGCGCCGGAGCCAGUCCGUCGUCAGCGGCGUACGCAUCGUACAGGAGCCAGAUGACGACCUUUGGAAUUUGGUCCACUCUCGAGGCCUCCCCACAGAGGAGGGCCCCUCCACGGUCUAUGUGCAAUUUGACGCUGAGCCGGGCGACGAAGACCCUCGCGGCGGCCGGCGUGCUGUGCGGCAGAUGGUGCCGGUGGACUUCUUACCGGGUGCCUUCUUUUGCUCGGUGAGUGUGGGUCGGCGGGCUGCGUGGAGUAACUUAUCCAUGCUUUGUGCGGGCGCAGCGUUGGCACUCAUUGGCUUUGAUUUGAGCUUCCACUUGAGCUACAGCCUCCAAGGUACCUUGUUGAAAGAUUGUGAGGAUAUCUUGAGCGGACGAUGCUUAGAGCUUGAACCACGUCCUGGUGGACGGCAAGUGGCCAGCGGCCUGGGCGUCUACCUGGCCAUUUUGAGCGGCCUGGGCGUGGCGGCCAGCAUGGUGAUUCUGCGAGCUCUCAACUAA